AUGGCUGCCGCGCCCACUGCCGUCCCGUCUUCUUCAUCCUCAUCCUCCGUCUCUCUAUGGACUUAUGAUGUGUUUUUGAGUUUCAGAGGAGAGGAUACACGGAAAAACUUCACAAGUCAUCUCUAUGCCGCCCUGGUCAGGAAAGGAAUCGAAACAUUCAAGGAUGACGAGAAACUGCAAAGAGGAGAGCUGAUCUCUGAAGCCCUCGAAAAGGCAAUCAAGGAAUCCAAGUUUUCCGUUAUCAUAUUCUCAAGAAACUAUGCUAAUUCGAGAUGGUGCCUACAAGAACUCGCCUUGAUUAUGGAGGAAUGCUGCAGGGAAAAGCAUCAUGUCCAAAAGGUUUUUCCAGUUUUCCUCACGGGCGUGGAUCCUUUGGACGUACAGCACCAGAAGGGGAGCUUUGGAGAGCCUUUUAGAGAGCACGAAAAGCGCUUCAGCCCUGAGAUGGUGGGAAGGUGGAGGUCAGCCCUAAGUGCAGCUGCUCAACUCUCCGGAUCCGGAUGGAGUUUAACAGAUUUUGGAUUGAUGGCAACUCACACUGUUAUCCCAUCUUCUUCCGACUGUGGAUGGAAUUACGAUGUAAUAUUGAAUUACAAAGAAGAUGAAGAAACGGGAAACAAUUUCGCAAGUAACCUCUACGCUUCCCUGGAGAGGGCCAAUUUCAAAACAUUUCUCAAGGACCACCAUGAGAACUCGAAGAGAGGAGAGCAGAUGAUCUCUGAGGAGCUCAAGAAAAGAAUCAAGGAAUCAAGAUGCGCAAUUAUCAUAUUCUCUAGGAACUAUGCUUCUUCAAGACGGUGCCUUGAAGAGCUUGCCUUGAUAAUGGAUUGCAGGAAAAAUCUUGGCCAAAGGGUAAUUCCUGUUUUCCUCAUGGGUGUGGAAGGAUCGGAUGUACGGCGUCAAAAGGGGAGCUUUGAAGAGCCUUUUCGCAAACACCAAGAGUGCUUCGAGGGAGAGGUGGUGGAAAGGUGGAGAUCAGAUUUGAAAUUAGCAGGUGAACUCUGUGGGUUGAACUUGAAAGACUUUCCUAACGGGGAUGAAGAGAAGUUGAUUAAAAAGAUAGUGAAGGACGUCUCCAAUGCGCUGGGUAUGAUCCCUUCUCCAAAGCCUGUGAUAGAGAUCCCAGCCGAGGCAAUUAUAAUCGAGAAUCAGUCAUCUACUCAACGCACACUACAACAGAUGCUUGAUUGCAUAGGUGAUCCUGAUCCACGUUUUGGCAUCAUUGGAGUGUAUGGUAUGGGGGGAGUAGGUAAAACCACUCUUGCCAAAGAAGUAAACAAUCACUUCGAAAAAGAUUUGGCCAGAGGAUUAAAGAUACCUUUUGAGACUGUGAUAAUGGUCACAGUGUCUGCCAUUCCCGACAUACGAAGUAUCCAAACCAAUAUCAGUAAGCGCCUGGGAUUACAAAAUAAUAGUGAGGCUGAUGCAUUGUUUGAAGUCCUAAGGAAGAAGAAAUUUCUUCUAAUUUUGGAUGAUGUGUGGUGUGAAUUAAAGCUCGAGGAUGUUGGAAUCCCUUACCCUCCAAACGACAAAGGGAGCAAGAUCCUAGUGAUUAGUCGGAUUCAAGAUACUUGCACUGAUAUGGGUGCUAGUAAAACAAUAAAAGUGCAUCCAUUAUCUAAUGCCGAGUCGUGGAAGCUCUUCGUUAAAAAAGCUGGUGAACAUGUUGCUGCUGAUGAUAUAAAGCUUUUAGCUGAAAAAAUUGUUGGAAGGUGUAAGGGUCUUCCUCUUGCAAUUGUCACUGUUGCUCGAGCAAUGGCAAAUCGACAUGGAGUUCGGGUGUGGGAGAAUGCCUUAAGGGAAAUGAAGCAAUCAGCAAAAGAUCUCCGAGGUAUGAUAGAUAAAGUAUUUGUUCCUUUGAAAUUCAGUUUUGAUAGUUUGGAGAAUGAUAUGGUAAGGAGUCUAUUUCUUUACUGUGCCUCUUUCCCUGAAGAUUAUAGCAUAUUGAGGAACCCCUAUUUCCCUGACCUAGAGGGAAACGAGUUUUUAAAUUAUUGCGUUGCAGAGGGAUUAGCAGAUAAAUUAGGGAGUUUGAAAGCUGCUAGGGAUAAAGUUGAGGAUCUGAUUGAGAGCUUGAAAAUUGCUUGCAUGUUGGAAGAAGGAGAGUCUAAAGGCAGUGUGAGGAUGCAUGAUAUGAUGCGGGAGCUUGCACUUUGGAUUGUUUCUUCAGAUGCUAAUAGUAGCCCCAAUUUCUUGAUAAGGAGUGGUGCAUCAAUUAAAGAGGCACCACAAGCUCACGAGUGGCUAGAUGCAACAAGGAUUUUGCUACUAGAGACCCGGAUAGAAAAGUUGCCGGAGUUGGGAGAGACGUGUCGAAAACUAACAACUUUGUUGUUCACGCAGAAUAAGAGCCACAUUGUUAUCCCCCCAACAAAUUUCUUUCAACACAUGGAUCAUCUUAUCGUACUCGAUCUAUCUUACUCAUUUUUGGAAUCUCUCCCAGAUUCCUUGUCAUGUUUAGUGAAACUUCAGGUGCUUAGGCUACUGUAUUGUAAAAGGUUGAGAACAUUGCCUGCAGUGGGAAUGCUUCGACAGCUCCAAAUUUUAGAUUUAUCUGGUUGUGAUAUGUUAGACCAGAAAAUCCUCGGAUCUGAAUGCAUGCGAGGUGUAAGUAAUUUAAGAUACUUAGAUGUGCGAUGGAGCAAGGUUUCUAUUCUAGUUGGGGUAAUUUCUUGUUUGCACAAAUUGGAGGAAUUGAGAGUGUGUGGUGCUGAUAAAAUAAAAUGGAGGGUGAGUGUUGCUGAAGAUGAAAAGUGGGAUGAGAGUGGGUGUAGUGACGAUCAUCAACCCUCCAUCAUCGAUGUGGGGGAGUUGUCCCAAUUGACCUAUUUAACAUCUCUUUCCAUUUCCUUGGAAGAUAUCAUUAUUUCUGAUUGGUUCAAACCUUUGGCCAAGAAGAUUAUGUGGUUGAGUCUAACACGUUGCAGAGUCAUUAAACAAGAAGCUCUAGAAGCUCUCAAUGAAGCCCAAAAUCUGCAAGACUUAUGCAUUGAGGAUUGCUCAGGUGUGACAAGUGUGCGCAUUGCUACUCUGCAUACUACAUUGAUAAACUGUGAAGACUUGGAGUUGGUGUGGGAUCAUGGAGCAGAGUUCUACCACCGAGAUUCCUUUACAAUAUUAGCCCUAACAAGAUUACCAAAAUUGAAAAGGAUAUGUGUUAGUCUCGCACCACCACCAAAUUGCUUUGGCCAACUAUCGUGGAUAGAAAUAGCCCAAUGCAAUAGCUUGAAGAUGGUCUUUAUGAGGGGAAUGCCACGCUUGUUCAACAACUUAACACACUUUGCUGUUACUGAAUGUGAUAGAAUGGAAGUAAUAAUUGAAGCAGAGGAAGAAGAUCGAAGUGGCCGCUCGCAGACGGUGAGCUUGUCCUUUAGUAGCUUGAACCAUGGUGCUGAUAAGCCUUUGGUGAGAAUGUCUGCUACUUGA